AAAACAUGGAAGUGUCCAACACAAAACCUAUAUAUUCGUAGGGCUUCUCCCACCACAAGAGGAGUUGACAAUGGGGAAGUGGGAAAAUGCAGAACUUUCCUUGAAACAGCUUGAGAAUGGCAGGUCAUAAUUUCAACCAUUGAAGUGUGUUGACAUUACUGGAGGAAACUACUUUAUAAAUUUGGUGAAAAGCUCCAAAUCUUCUCCAAUCACUACUGGUUUCUUCUCUUUACAUAUUGAACUUUUUGCACUUGAUUUGGCAAGCUCUUUGUUCUUUUUUCUUUGAAGUGCUGCAAUCACUUGAUAAUGUUAUCCGCAAUUGUAAAAAUCACAGUUCUCAUGUGGGCUGAUAAUCUUGCUGCGUUCGCUAUAUGGAUGAUGAUGACAUACUUGACAAACGUCUGGAAUAUUGGUUUCACCCACGCAGCUUCCAUUGUUAAUUUCUUUUGGGGCGUUGUCCUCAUGAUGCCAAUGGCCAUACAAUUUCUUAUUGACACCAUUAUUGGCAACUACUGGAUGCUCUUGCUUUCCAGUUUUGCUUUUAGCGCUGGUUUGAGCUUUUUGGCAAUGUCAACACCACCUGUAUUGGCUAAGGCAAUGGGCACCUGCAGUGAAUACAAGCCUGAAUGCAUUGGCGAGGGACAGAAAGUUCUCUUUUAUACAGCUUUAGCUCUUACAGCCUUAGGAAUGUCAGGUCACUUGACCUCACUAGGAGGGUUCAUGGCAGAGCAAAUUACAGUAUCAGGGCAACAAAAUAUUAGCCAAGGCACAUUCGUGAUGUUUUUCCUGAGCUUCUUCGGAGUGAUCCUAGUGCCUAUAAUUGGAGCAAUUGCAAUUCCUUUGAUACACCCUUGGUCAAUCAGGUUUGGGAUUCCAGCAAUUUGUACUGUGGUAGCAACACUGAUUUUCUUGACUGGGACAUGUUCUUAUAGAUAUGUUAGACCACAAGGGAGUUCUUUCACGUCUGUCUUCAGGGUCUUUGUGGCCUCUGCUUCCAAAAUUUUCCAUACAUGCCCGAGGGAUGCCACCGAGCUCUAUGAGAAAGACCAGGAUCAGGAAUCAUACACGGUGCCGCAUACUCGUGGCCUCAGGUGCCUAGACAAGGCUGCAAUUAUAUUACCAGAUCAAACUCUGGUAGGACAAGAAAGAAACGGAUGGAGACUUUGCAGAGUGACAGAAGUGGAGGAAACAAAAUCCCUUUUACGAAUCAUUCCAAUAAGCUUGACCUUUAUUUUAUUGGGAGUUGUAUCUUCUGUUGGUUUCACUGACUUUCUUGCACAAGCAGACCACUUGAAUCACAAAGUUGGUCGUUUGACUGUCCCAAUUACAAUACUCUUGUUGUUCUAUGACAUGGCCAAAAUACACUUGGCUAACUUAUAUGUCAAGUUCGCAAACUUGUUAGGCGAAUUCGGAGGCAGACGGUAUGCUCCCGCUGUUGGAAUUGCUAUAUCAAUGGUUAUUGGGAUAUUGUGCUUAAUAACUGCUGCGAAAGUGGAGAUUCGAAGGCUGGAUGUCAUUAGGAGCCAUGGCCUGAUUGACAAGCCUGAUGAUAAAAUCCCCAUGACCAUGUUUUGGUUGCUUCCACAAUUUGUACUUCUAGGAGGGUUUGAUGGAGUCUCUCAAACCAGUGUUGCUUCCUUUCUGGUGGAUCAGUUUCCUGCAACAAUGUGCAAUUACAUGGCUCAUAUUGCUCUUGGUAUUUUUGGAUUAGGCAAUAUGGGUAGUGUGCUUUCUGUUUAUGUUGUGGGGAUAAUCAGUGAACGGGGAGGUAGGUUGAAUUGGUUUCAGGAUACUCUUAACAAGAGUCGUCUGGAUAAGUACUACUGGACAUUGGCAGCCAUGACUGCAGUCAAUCUUGCUGUGUUUAUUGUUGUGGCAAUAUGGUAUGCUUAUAAAGAUGCCGAUCGAGAACUGGAAGCGCCUGAAUUUGAAGAGGCUGGUGAACCUUUUGACGAUAAUGCCAGAUGCUGUUGUUGCUGAGUGAUGAAUUAUGCAACACAAUGUGACGUACAAUUUCAUUUGCAAUUUGUUAACCAUUUUGUUUAAGCUAAUGGGUUGCAAAUAAGACUGCAAUCUCAGAAUUCAAAAUCUUAAUAUAAUCUAAAUAGCAUACAAACUUUGGAAGAAUCA